CAACCACCUCGGUAGCCUGCUAGACAACAUAAAACCGAUAGAUUGACGCUUUACACCGUGUUUGUGUACAUUAGCUAAUCUCAGUGUUUUAAACGCAUUUCUGUUGACUUAUCAUCUGAUGACCUUUAACCUAAUGUUCUUGUUAAAUUUGACGUGUUAAAGAUUGAUACUGAGGUUAGCACGAGGCUAGUCGCUAAUGCUAACUAACUAGCUAACAUCCCUGAUCAUGAGUUCACUAAACUACUCCUCCCCUGCUGAAGAAGAGGUGGUCUGCUGGACGGAAAAAGAAGCUCUGGGACUGAACAUUGUCGUGGAAGAUGAGGGUGUUACAGUGAAAGAAGAGGAGGCUGUUGCAGUGAAAGAAGAGGAGGCUGUUACAGUGAAAGAAGAGGAGGCUGUUACAGUGAAAGAAGAGGAGGCUGUUAUAGUGAAAGAAGAGAAAGAACCUUUUAGAGAGGAAGAGGAUGCUAUCUCAAUAAAGGUGAAGGAGGAAGACGUUUUGGGAGUGAAAGAGGAGGAGACAGAAUAUCAGAUUAACACCAGAGAGAGACAUGACUAUGGUGGAUCCUCUGGGGAGCCUCAACAACAUCCUGAUGCUGACGAGGCAGAGAAGAGUCUCUCCAGAUCAGAACACCAGAUGGACAACGCUAGCCCUUUCAGCCUCCCGGAGUCCAUGUGUCGUGCCUCUCCUGGUAGCACCUUACUGCUGGGUAUGAAGAGGUUGUCUGUGCUGCUGGUGGACUGCAGGAAAACAACGGCGCUUAGUGGAACUGUGAAAGGAGGAGAAGAGAUGAAAGGAUCAGAUUUGAUUCAUCAAAGAGAAAGACCAGUCUCAGAGGAACCAGAGCCAGGGACGUCCAAACCAGCAAGAAGACACCAGUGCUCUUACUGUGGCAAGUGUUUUAAGCGGUUAGGGAACCUGAAACGGCACGGGCUAGUACACACAGGGGAGAAGCCAUACCACUGCUCCCAGUGUGGAAAGUGUUUCAGCCGAUCAGGGCAUCUGAAAAAACAUGAAAGAAUACACACAGGGGAGAAGCCUUUCUACUGCUCCCAGUGUGGCAAGCGUUUCAGCCAGUCAGGGCAUCUGAAAAACCAUGAGAGAAGACACACGGGGGAGAAGCCUUUCUACUGCUCCCAGUGUGGCAAGCGUUUCAGCCAGUCAGGGCAUCUGAAAAACCAUGAGAGAAGACACACAGGAGAGAAGCCUUACCACUGCUCCCAGUGUGGCAAGUGUUUCACCCAGUCAGGGGAUCUGAAAAAACAUGAAAGAAUACACACAGGGGAGAAGCCUUUCUACUGCUCCCAGUGUGGCAAGCGUUUCAGCCAGUCAAGGGAUCUGAAAAACCAUGAGAGAAGACACACAGGGGAGAAGCCUUUCUACUGCUCCCAGUGUGGCAAGCGUUUCAGCCAGUCAGGGGAUCUGAAAAACCAUGAGAGAAGACACACAGGGGAGAAGCCUUACCACUGCUCCCAGUGUGACAAGUGUUUCACCCAGUCAGGGGAUCUGAAAAAACAUGAAAGAAUACACACAGGGGAGAAGCCUUACCACUGCUCCCAGUGUGACAAGUGUUUCACCCAGUCAGGGGAUCUGAAAAAGCAUGAAAGAAUACACACAGGGGAGAAGCCUUACCACUGCUCCCAGUGUGGUAAGUGUUUUAACCGGUCAGGGAGCCUGAAACAACAUGAGAGAAUACACGCAGGAGAGAAGCCUUAACACUGCUCCCAGUGUGGAAGGAGUUUUAACCAGAAAAACAGCCUGAACCAACAUGAGAAAAUACACAGAGGUGAGAUGCAUUACCACUCCUCCCAGGGUGCAAAGCAUUUGCCCAUUUAGGAAGCUUGAAAGAGCAUGACACAGAAGAGAAAGCUUACAAAAGCUUAGACUUUGGGAAAACAUAUUACUCAUAACAAUCACUUAAACGUCAUUAGAGAAUCCACACAGGAGAGAGAAAUGACUUCUCUUAGCAUGUAUAUUGAUAUUUCACAUCUAAUUUUUCUUACAAUUCAUCAGAGAACAUACACAGUGCUCCCGUUGUCUUAUAUUGUUGCCUUAUAAUGUGUUUACCUGUUUUUACCAGAUGAAAUUGCUUCUUCCAAUUAUUGAUAAACAUGUACCUGUUAAGAAACUGACUGUUAGAUAUGUUAAGACUCCAUGGAUUGAUGAGGAAUUUAAAAACUGUAUGUUUGAAAGAGUUGUGGCAAAAGGAGUGGCUAAUAAGUCUGGCUGCACAUCUGGCUGGCUUACAUACUGCAAAUUGAGAAAAAUAAUCAACUUUAUUAUGAAGCCAAGAUCAAUGAUAUAAAGAAUGAUGGAAAAGGGAAGCCAAAUUAAUCCACUACCCAAGAGUGGUAAAGCGGCCUUUACAGCAGACCUGAUGGAAAAGGAAACAUAAUGAAAGAAAAGCAGUGCAAGUAUCGAAUUUUGUAAAGUUAGUGUGGGAGAGGUGGAAAAAUUGUUAUCGAUCAAUAAUGACAAACCUCCUGGCAUUGACAACUUAGAUGGAAAGCUACUGAGGACAGUAGCUGACUCUAUAGCUACUCCUAUCUCCUAUCAUAUUUUUUAUAUGAGCCGAGAGGAAGUUCUUUGUUCUCUUGCCUGGAGGGAAGCCAAAUUAAUCCACUACCCAAGAGUGGUAAAGCGGCCUUUACUGGUUCUAACAGCAGACCUAUAAGCUUGCUGCCAGCUCUUAGCAAACUGUUGGAAAAAAUUGUGUUUUACCAAAUGUUAUGCUAUUUCUCUGUAAACAAAUGAACAACAGACUUUCAGCAUGCUUAUAGAGAAGGGCACUCAACAUGUACUGCACUGACACAAAUGACUGAUGAUUGGUUGAGAGAAAUUGAUAACAAGAAGAUUGUGGGAGCUCUAUUGUUAGAUUUCAGUGCAGCCUUUGAUAUUAUUCACCAUAACCUGUUGUUUAAGAAUGUUUGUGCUAUGGCUUUUCAACCUCUGCCAUAAUGUGGAUUAAGAGUUAUCUAUCUAAUAGAACUGAGAGGGUUUUUAAUGGAAGCUUCUCUAAUGUCAAACAUAUGACACAUAUCACUAGCCACUUUAACUAUGCCACUUUGUUUACUUUGUCUACACACUCAUCUCAUAUGUAUAUACUGUACUCGAUACCAUCUACUGUAUGCUGCUCUGUACCAUCACUCAUUCAUAUAUCCUUAUGUACAUGUUCCUUAUCCCCUUACACUGUGUAUAAGACAGUAGUUUUGGAAUUGUUAGUUAGAUUACUUGUUGGUUAUCACUGCAUUGUCGGAACUAGUAGCACAAGCAUUUCGCUACACUCGCAUUUAACAUCUGCUAACCAUGUGUAUGUGACAAAUAAAAUUUGAUUUGAUUUGAUUUGAAAUGUGAUGUACCGCAGGGCAGCUCUCUAGGCCCUCUACUCUUUUCUAUUUUUACCAAUGGCCUGCCACUGGCAUUAAACAAAGCAUGUGUGUCCAUGUAUGCUGAUGAUUCAACUAUAUAAGCUACCAGCAACCACAGCUAAUGAAGACACUAAAACCCUUAACAAAUAGUUGCAGUCUGUUUUGGAAUGCGUGGCCAGUAAUAAACUGGUCCUGAACAUCUCUAAAACUAAGAUCAUUGUAUUUGGUACAAAUCAUUCCUUAAGUUCUAGACCUCAGCUGAAUCUGGUAAUGAAUUGUGUGGCUGUUGAACAAGUUGAGGAGACUAAAUUACUUGGCAUUACCUUAGAUUGUAAACUGUCAUGGUCAAAACAUAUAGAUUCAAUGUUUGUAAAGCUGAGGAGAGGUCUAGCCAUAAUAAAGAGAUGCUCUGCUUUUUGACACUACUCUCCACAAAGCAAGUUCUGCAGGCUCUAGUCUAAUCUUGAUUAUUGUCCAGUCGUGUGGUCCAGUGCUGCAAGGAAAGACCUAGUAAAGCUGCAGCUGGCCCAGAACAGAGCAGCUGUCAGGGUUGUGACUAGGGUGGGAAUUCUAUGUUCCUUUUUCUGUGUUUUUGUAUUUCUUUGUUUUUGGCCGAGUGUGGUUCCCAAUCGGAGGCAGCUGUCUAUCGUUGUCUCUAAUUGUGAAUCAUACUUAGGCAGCCUUUUUCCACCUGUGAUUUUUGGGUAGUUGUUUUCUGUAUAGUUGAUUUGUCUUACAGAACUGUUCGUUCUUCUCAUUGUUAUUUUGUUCGAAUGUUUUUUGAUUAAAUAAAAAUCAUGAACACUUACCACGCUGCGCU